AUAGUACAAUCGAUGUUUUCUCAGCUCUAUGUUAAUAGAAUUAAUAUUUUGUAAAUAAUUAUUGAGAAUGCUACAGCAAAUCAAGAUGCUGGUUUUAGGCAUCAUCACAUUGUGCCGGCGUGCCUUGUGUUGCUUCUCUAGACACCGAAAGAUGAGCCACGGGGGCUCUUUUAAUGCCAGCGACCAGUUGCAAGCGGUGAAUGUUGUCGUUGAGCGAGGCGACUUAACGACUACCUAUCCGGGUGGACGCACGGAGGGCAGAUCACUGGCGGGUCCGCGAGAUCGUGACUGGAACUCAUGGGACGAAAGUCCGCGAACCGUGGAGGAACACAUUGAGCAGUACCGUCAACGGAUGGCCCAGCCGCCAACGCCACCAAAGGAGGAACCAGAACCUGACUUCUUCAGUGAACUGGCUCCAACUAUUAAGCCUCAAGUGAAAUACUACCUCGACAACGGCAGCAGCUCGAGUGCAACUGGCAGCCUUCACCAAACAGACUUUUCAAGACUUCAGGCACAGGACGUAGUGCCCAUUAGUAAUAACGCUGAUCUCGAGGAUUGGGUGGAUGACAGUGUCGGUGGGUGGGAGGAGCUGGACACCUCCCAGACGAAACAGAUUCUGCGCGAGAAGCGGCGAGAAUUGCGCCACCAGCGUCAACCUGCCGCCCGUCCUGCCCCCCUACUGUAGGCGCGCAGCGGCUGAGCGAUGUGCAACGCGUAGCGUAGUUGUUGCUUCACUACCCCUUACCCCUCACCCACCACCAACUCAUGCCCCUUGUUCGGUUGACCAUUCCAUCUCGUUCCUUAUCUUAUUUUGUUCAGUUUUGGUUUGAUUUAGUUGAUUGACCACACAAAAUAAAUCUUGCCUUCCUCCACUCGCA